AUGAAUCUUGUUAUAUAUAGUGCUGCUGGUAUUCUGUCAAUAUCAGAUGAUCCCAGUCCGUAAAUUCUUGCCAAUAUUCAUAAGUUGAAUAAAUGUAUUGAAAAUGGUGAUGCCAAUAAUGCUGCAUACUUUACUUCUAAACUAGCUUCACAACGUAUUCAAUUAAAGGGUGAAGUAUUAAAGGAAAAGUUAGAAGACGAGAAACUUCAAAUUCGAGUAAAACUUGAUGGUAUUAGUUUAUCAAACAAUUUCAAGAAUAAAGAAUACAAUCUGAAUGUUUACAAAUCGACAACAAUUCAUGAACUACGAGUAUUGUUUCAACAUAUACACAAUUUUCCACUGGAACAUCAAUAUUUUUUUAUCAAUGGUCAUUUAGCUUAUGCGCAAUAUACAAUGAAUGAUUUAAAUGCUCAAGAUAAUGCUUUUUUUAUUUUAUUUAUUACUGAACAAGAAUCAGAGAAUUUUUGA